GUAAAAAAUGAUCAACAUAUUGUUUUUGGUUAUGUGUUUGGUGACAAUGAGUAUUGGGCACAAAGGUAAUGUUAUACCGAGUGGGUUGAAAGAAGAAGAUUGGGAAUUGGAGAGAGAACUAAACAUCCUUAACAAGUCUCCUAUAAAGAGUAUACAUACAAAAUCAGGAUACAUAGUUGACUGUGUUGAUAUUAACAAACAACCCGCUUUUGACCAUCCUUUAUUAAAAAAUCAUAAAUUACAGAGAAAACCAAUUUUUGAAAAGAAUACUAUUAAAAAAAGAUUUCAAAAUUCAACAAUCAAGCCUAAAUUUGUACUUGAGAAAUUUAGGUGUCCUCAAGAAACCGUUCCUAUUCGGAGGACAACAAAAAAUGAUUUAAUUCAAGGAAAAUUAUUAUUCAAUGCUCAGAAUGUAACUCAAAAUGGCGAGGUCAAUCAUUUUGCUCGUGUAUAUCUUUCAGUGGCGGGUUCUCCUUACUAUGGUGUUAGUGGAACUAGUAGUGUUUGGAAUCCAAAACUUUACAAAGGCCAAUCAAGUGCAGCUUCUUUAUAUGUUCGAAGAGGAGGAGGAAAUGAUCUUAAUAAAAUCUCGCUCGGAUGGCAUGUGUUUCCAGAAUUAUAUAAUGACGGUCAAACAUAUUUAUACAUGUUUUGGGCGUCAGGUAAGAAUGGUUGCUUUAAUAUGUUGUGCAAAGGUUUCGUCCAGGUUGAUAGAUCAUAUAACUUCGGUGCACGUGUAUCUAAAACAUCUACCUAUGGUGGAGAGAUUAUGGAAGUGCCGCUUAAAAUUUCUCGGGAUAAUAUAGGUAAUUGGUGGUUAAAAGUGGCAGAUAAGAAUAUUGGAUAUUUUCCUGCAGCUUUAUUUUCAUCCAUGAGCACCCAAGCUGAUGAAGUGGGAUGGGGUGGAUAUACGGUAACUCCAACAGGCACUACUAGUCCUGCAAUGGGUUCAGGACACAAACCAGAUAAUGACUUUCGUCAUGCAUCAUAUUUUAAGUUUGUAAAAUAUUUGGAAAUAAUUGGAACCGAAUUUGAUCCUUUGCCAUUUAUGGUAGAAAGUUACAAUGAUUCUCCUAAUUGUUAUGGAGUUGUGAACUAUGAAGAUAAAAAAAAGAGUUUUGGAUAUUCUCUUCAAUUUGGAGGACCGGGUGGUAAAUGCAGUACUUGACUAUAGUGAAUAAGUUUCUGUUAUUUGUAAUAAAUAAUUCUAAUGAUUGCGGUCAAAUAUGAGUUUCGUUUUUUUAAUAUAUAUUUUAAUAAA